AUGUCAACUUCAACUCAUGAAAAUAUCCUAUCAGAUGUCAACAUGGAUGCUGAUGGUCCUACACCAUAUUCUGGCCCUUUUGCAUCAAUUAACAUCAAUACUAUUGUUGAUAUAAUUGAGAAUAUUCAGUAUGGUAUUGCUGCUCAUAUAGAGGAAAAGCAACAGAAGGAAUCUCAAACAACUGGAAAGAUCUGUGCCGACACUUUGCAUGCUCGCCUGUCGGUCUGUCGCGUUCUUCAAGAGUGGUUUGAGGCGGAUGAUCUCUGCCGCAUUACCUUUGUCUACGUCCCAUCCGCUCUGCGGUGGGAUAUCCAUGGUGAGGCACACAAGUACGUCACCGAACUCAAAGUCAGGGUUGGACGUCGCAAGACGGACAACUCUAUAGACACGCUUCGCUCCCGGGCAGUGCACUCAGUCCUGGAUUCGUGGAGCUCCACUUUCCAGGAUCCAACCUACUGA